AUGUCCAAUCCCCCUGCUGGUGAUGGCAAAAGUUUUCUGUGUAAAUGUUCAUUUAUCGAAAUCUACAAUGAACAAAUAUUUGAUUUGCUGGACUCUGCAUCUUCAGGACUUUUACUAAGGGAACAUAUAAAGAAAGGAGUUUUUGUUGUGGGUGCUGUGGAGCAGGUGGUGACCUCUGCAGCUGAGGCAUACCAGGUUCUUUCUACUGGAUGGAGGAACAGACGAGUGGCGUCGACCUCAAUGAACAGGGAAUCCUCCAGGUCUCAUGCGGUCUUCACUGUCACAAUUGAAUCUAUGGAAAAGGUUAAUGAAAUUGUUAACAUAAGAUCUUCACAGCUUAACCUUGUUGAUCUUGCUGGAUCAGAAAGACAGAGAGACACUCAUACUGAAGGAGUCAGACUUAAGGAGGCUGGCAGCAUAAAUAGGUCGCUGAGCUGCUUGGGUCAGGUGAUCACAGCUUUGGUGGAUGUGGCUAAUGGCAAGCAGAGACACAUAUGUUACAGAGACUCCAAACUUACAUUUUUGUUACGGGAUUCUCUUGGCGGUAAUGCAAAAACCUUUAUUAUUGCAAACGUUCAUCCUGGAUCCAAGAGUUUUGGUGAAACGCUUUCUACUCUUCAGUUUGCCCAGCGAGCAAAACUAAUUAAAAACAAGGCUGUAGUUAAUGAAGACACCCAGGGGAAUGUGAGUCAGCUACAAGCAGAGGUGAAGAAGCUGAAGGAACAGCUUUCUCAGCUCCUUUCCGGACAGAUGCCACAGGAUAUUUCUAUUGCCAGAGCACCUUCAAUUGAUGAGAACAUUACAGAAUACAUGAAUAACUUUUUAGAGGCAAUGAUGCUUUUGGAGAAAUCGGAAAAUGGGAAGAAGGCCUUAUUACAGAAAGUAGCCCAGCUGGAAGACCUCUGCAGCAAGAAAGAAAAGUUUAUCCAGUCAAACAAAAUGAUUGUGAAAUUCAGGGAAGAUCACAUUGCUCGACUUGAAAAGGUUCACAGGGAUGGCCGGACGUCCUUGUCAAAUAAUGAACAAGAUGACCUCAUAGCAGAGAUGAAGGAAGAGCUUAGAGUUUUAAAAGAACAGAUUGAGCAUCAUCCUCGAGUGGCCAAAUAUGCAUCGGAGAACCACAGUCUAAGGGAAGAGAAUAAGAGUCUCCGCUCUCUCCAGUCUCUAAAACGAGCACAAGAAAUUAACAAUCAAAUGAUUGCAGAUCUUGAAAGAGCUUUCUUAGAAGCUUCCUCAGCUGCAAAGAGUAAUGGAGCUUUACCAAUGCACUCCACACCAAUACACUCUGAAAAUAGUAUGGUUUCUACGGAGAGACUAAAGGAGAAGGUACUUCAGCUUCAAAGUGAGCUGGCCACAGCAAAACAAGAAUAUGAAGAAUUCGAAGAACUGACAAAGAAGAAGCAAGUUGAACUGGAGUCAGAGCUUCAGUCUUUGCUCAAAUCUAACCAGCAUCUUGAAAACAUUUUGGGGGCUAUUAAAGCUAACAAGAGGAAUGAAGUGUUUCAACUGAACAAAAUGCAUGCCGAAACAAUAAAGAUUCUGACUACUCCAACAAAAGCUUAUAACUUAAGAUCAAGACUUGUUCCUCGUAUGAGCCCAGAUGGCACUGAGCAAGAUCUGCUGGACACUCCUAAAUCUGGGGAUCAUCUUGACAACAUUAUCAAUGAACCCAUACCUCCAGAGAUGACUGAACAAGCCUAUGAAGCUAUUGCUGAGGAACUCCGAGUGAUGCAGGAGCAAGUGACCACCCUGCAAGCUACACUUGAUGAGGAAGAGAGCAAGAAUAUGAAACUACAACAACAAGUUAACAAGAUGGAGCAUCAUUCAUCUCAAAUGGAAGAGCUUUUCUCAUCAGAAAGGGCAAGCUGGAACAACAAGCAUCAAGAACUUCUUGCACAGAUUAAUGGUUUUGAAAAACGACAGCAAGACUUUAAGAGCGGAGAAGAUGUUUUAAAAAGCGAGGUCCACGAUCUGCGUGUAGUUCUUCAGUCUGCAGACCGCGAGCUCCGGGCUGUGAAGAUGGAGUACAGUUCAUACAAGGAAAAACAAGACAAGGAGAUGAGUGAACUGUCUGACCGCCACAUAAAUGUGCAGCUGCAAUUGGACAACGUCAGGCUGGAGCAUGAAAGCUUAUUGGAGGAGAAGCGAUCACUACAAGAUGCUUAUGAUAAUCUGGAAGAAGUCAUGAAAUUCGAAAUUGAUCAACUAAAACAAGAGCUUGCUGACGGCAAACGUGAAAACGAAACAGUGAAAGCCGAACUUGGUAAUCUUUUGGAGCUUCUUGAGACAGAAAAAGAGCACCGACAAAACUUGAAAUCUCAACUGGAAGAAGACAAAGAAAACAACUCCAAAAAGCUUUUGAGAGUUUUGGAAGAGAAUGUGAACCUCAAAAAACAGUGCUCGGAGCUAACAACUCAAUGUGAGCUGCAGAUCACAGAGCUACAAACUCAUGAACUCCAAUUGACUGCUUCAAAAGAAAUCAUUACCGAUCUUGAGAAAAAAUGUGGUUCAGAUAAGGAAAUCAUGACUGAUCUUAUGAACCAAAUCCAAAGCUUACGAACAACCCUCUUACACAAAACGGAGUCUAUAGAUGUUCUUACACAAGAAUUAGAAGAUCUCAAUGGUAAAUACAGUUCUGCCUUAUCUGCAAAAGAAGAGGGUAAAACUGUUUUAGAAGAGCAAGAGAAACUAAUUGAGGAACUGAGAGAAGGCUUGGAAAGGAAGCAGUCGGCUGACAACAUUGAGAGAGAACUUUUAUGUGAUGACUUGGCUCACUCAACUGAACAGCUUGGCAAGUUAACUGAAGCCUUUAAUAAACAAGAAGCAUUGCUUAUAGACCAAAAAGAGGAAUUGCUCAUAAAAGAACAAUUGAUUACAGAACUAACAAACCAGUUACAGGUGCUUGAAAUGCCAGAGACUGAUGAUGAAGGAAUAAAACCACCCAACAGCAACAGAGGAUCCCCUGCUGUGCUUCUACGGACUCCAAAAACGCCAGUAGGAAAUCCAUUUGACAAUGAGCUGGCACGUCUUGUCAAUAAAAAUUCACACUUGGAGCAGCUUAUAACGGAAUUAAACGAGGAAAGAAUGUCCAAAAACGAAGAGAUAAUCAGACUUAAGACUCAGUUAUGUGAAACAGAAAACCUUCGUCUUGAGAUCCAGAAUUUGCAGGGGCAAUGCACGGAGUUACAAAUCCAACUAAAAAACAGAAAAGGGGAAAAUAUUUGCAAUGAACAUUCAAAAUCUGACAUGCUUGAUCUGAAGAAAGAAAUUGAAAAAGAAGUUUCUGAACGGCUAGAAAAGGGUCGAACAUCUGAGCAACUUUUGAAAAUGCAAGCUGAGCUAGACGAGACUAGGGACAUGCUGAGGAGUAAAGAAAAGUCACUCAGUGAGCUGCAUAAGGAAAUUGACCGAACAAGAGCUUUAGAACUUAAGGCCUUCCAGGAGAAAGAGGACAUUCGGUCUCAGCUGGAAACAAAGAAUGAAGAGACUGAGAAAAAGUUACAGGAGUCCGAAUUGUUAAGAAGGCAUAUUGCAUCUCUUGUGGAAGAAAACGGGAAACUACUUGGACAUCAAAAUCCACAACAGAAAAUUCAGUAUCUAGUGAAGCUGAAAAAGGACAACAACAAGCUUAUUGAGGAGAUAAACAGACUACGGGCAGACAACCUGCUAUUCAGAGAAGGCAAGAAACCUGAACCACUUCCUGACUUCUAAAGAAGUAGAUCAUGUUGGAUGCAGACACAGC